UCUUCUUCUCCGUCGUAGUCGACCUCCGACCCUCGCUAUCGCAUUCCCCUUCACGAAGCCCCAACCCUAACCCUAAGCCUAACCCCAUCUCUUAGCUGCUCCGACCGAUCCCCUUCCAUGGCGACGGAGGAGGCGACGAGCGGCGGCGGCGGCACCGCCCCCGCGGCGGAGCCCGCCGCCGAGAACCAUGCUCCGGCGGAGGGGACGGCCACGGCCAAUCCGAAGAAGCAGCGCGCCCCGAAGGAGCCCAAGGAGAAGAAGCCGCGGAAGCCCCGGUCCCCUCCCUCCCAUCCCCCGUACAUCGAGAUGAUCGGGGAGGCGAUCACCGCAUUGAAGGAGAGGACGGGGUCGAGCCAGUACGCGAUCACGAAGUACAUAGAGGAGAAGCACAAGGAUCAUGUACCCCCCAACUUCAAGAAGCUCCUCCUCUUCCACCUCAAGAAGCUCACCGCGAGCGGUAAGCUCACCAAGGUCAAGAACUCCUACAAGCUCCCCCCGCUCCGCCCCCGCGCUCCCGAAGCGAAGCCGAAGCCGAAGCCAAAGCCAAAGCCAAAGGCAGCCGCGGCCAAGCCGAAGCCGAAGCCGAAGCCAAAAGCGGCUGCUGCCAAGCCUAAGCCCAAGCCCAAGCCAAAAGCAGCUGUGGCUAAACCGAGCACGAAGCCGAAGCCAAAAGCAGCUGCGCCGAAGCCGAAGCCGAAGCCGAAGCCUAAAGCGCUGAAGCCAAAAGCAACUGCGGCGAAGCCGAAGCUGAGGACGAAGGCGUCGCCGGGGAAGAAGAGGGUGGCGCCGAAGAGGGCGCCGGCGCCGGCGCCGGCGAAGAAGGCGAAGGUGGCGAGGAAGGGGAAAUAGGUGUAGUUUUCUCUUCUUCUUUUUUUUUUUUUUUUUUUAAAUUUCUCUUCCGGUUGGUUUAGUUAGAGUGGCAGUGUUUGUAAAUUUAGUAGUCGUGAGAUGGUGCAUGCAUCUUCGAGUUGUUUGAGUGGGAAAAGAAAAGUUUAUAAGAAUUUAGUCUCCUACUUUUUCAUUGUAUGUUUCUUCUAUUGAAAGUGGAGGGGAUGGUAACUGAUCAUUACUUAUUUUUCUCGGUUUA